AUGACGUUCCGCUAUCUCCCCCAGAGCUAUCAAUCCGACCACAUUACAGGUACAACCCUACUCUGUAGACCUGACUUAUUGGCCCUUGGCUAUGAAGUCGAGUCUUUAUGCCUGCCAUGGCUCCACUCAAUCAUCAUUUCCCCCUCAGACACAGACUAUUUGGAUCAGCUCAUUCCGUCAAUACGAGAUUACAGUGUUGGGAAUCGAACCCCCCAGCUCUUGCAAUCCCUCUCGCGCUUUGCCGGGGACAAGGAAUCCGAGAUAGAAGGUAUCUGCAAUACAAAUCACCAAGAGUUUGUUUCAUCGGUCAAUUCCCUCCUUGGCAUCCGCGAGGGGACAGUGAGCCUCACGGCGGAAAUCUUGGAUCUCAAUCAAUCCAUCCAAACCAGCACCGAGCGCCUUGCCGAACAGAAAAAAGCGCUGGUCCAAUCCCGGGGCCAUCGACAAAACAUCGAUGAGACUUCACGUGCUAUCCAGGACUGCCUGGAGGUAUUGCGAUUAGCCAACCAAGUCCACGAUCUUCUCGCGAAGAAGAAUCACUAUGCAGCUCUACGUGCGCUAGAGGAGCUCCAAAAUGUCCACCUGAAGGGCGUGACGCAGUACAAAAUCGCUGUCAUGAUCCAACGCUCAGUCCCGGCCACACAGCGAGCCAUCGCAGAGGCCGUGAUGUCAGAUCUGAAUACUUGGCUCUACCGCAUCAGAGAAAUGUCUCAGUACCUCGGGGAGAUCGCGCUGUUCCACACGGAUCAGCGAAAGACCAGACAAAAGCAAAGAGCGGAAAAUAUGCCUUAUCUAGAGCAUUUCAGCUUAAAUUCUGCGAUAGAACUAGUCUCCGACGAAGACGAAGAGUACGAUCUCCUUCAUAACGAGGACCUUCAGGUUGACUUCACACCGCUGUUUGAGUGCUUGCAUAUCCACCAAUCGCUGGGCCACAUGGAUAAGUUCCGAAUCGAGUAUGCGACUACGCGCAGAAGGCAAAAAGAACUCUUGCUCCCAUCUUCCAUCACCCUCGUUGACGAAGAUGGCUCUAGCCUUCACAAUCUCUUGGAAGAGAUGGCUGGCUUUGCUAUCGUCGAACGUGCCACAAUGAAACGAGCUCCUGAUCUCAGAUCGUCCGUUGAUAUCGAUGAACUAUGGGAUUCAAUGUGCCAAGGGGCUGUGGUGUUGAUUGCCAAGGCACUUCACGAAGUCGAUAACGCCGAAAGUAUCCUGAAUAUCAAAAACCUCAUUGCGCUUUUUAUGCAGACCAUGAAUACAUGGAGUUUUCCGGUUGGAGUCUUCGACGACUUCUUGUUGAAACUUUUCGAAAAGUACGCGGAGCUGCUCAAGAAAAGGUUCAGUGACGACUUUCAAGAGAUUGUAUCAACGGAUGAUUACAUGCCGAUGCCCAUACAGACACAGGAGGAGCAUGACAAGGUACUCAACGUGAGCUGGUAUAGCCCGGAGAAGCCUCGCGAAGAGCAAGUUUUUCCAUGCAUCCUACCAUUCUCGCGAAUGUACCCGCUGUGUUGUAUUGAUAUCCGAAACUUUCUGAAUCAGUUCUACUUUUUCGCGAACGACGGUUUUGCAAACACAAACGUCAUUGAUGAGACUUUGAAGACUGACUUGGACGACCUUCUCUCCCAAAAGGUCUGUGACACGUUGGUAGAACGACUUUCUUCGCAGUACUUGGGACAAAUUGUUCAGAUUCUUAUCAAUUUGGAGCAUUUCGAGCUGGCUUGUCGUGAGCUCGAGCUCUUGUUGGCGGCUGCUCGAUCACAAAACUCCACUGGUACUUCGAUCGCCCUGAAAGCUACUGAGAAAUUCCGAAGCAACAAGAAAGCUGCGGAAAAGCGUAUCUUUGAAGUUGUCAACUCCAAGAUUGACGAUCUUAUUGAAACGGCUGAGUACGAAUGGAUGUCCCCCACGCCUCCGACAGAGCCCAGCAAUUAUAUGCAAACCUUGACUCGGUUCUUGUCGAAUAUCAUGAACUCCACGCUAUUGGGCCUACCGACGGAAAUCAAAGAACUUAUUUACUUCGACGCUCUUAGCCAUGCUGCUAACAUGAUUCUGGCGCAACCGCUGUCGCCUGAUGUGAAGAAAAUCAACACCAACGGAGUAUCUGCUCUGGCGAAAGAUGUUGAGUAUCUUGCGGAAUUUGUGGAUAGUUUGAAUGUGCCCAUCCUCCGCGAGAAUCUUGACGAGCUGCAGCAAACGGUGCAGUUGAUGCAGGCCGACAGUGCAGACGAGUUCUAUGACAUUUCCACAAGGAACAAGAAAUACGGACGUGUGGAUGCCAUGCAAGGGCCAAUCCUACUCGAAAAACUUACACGCAAUGUCCAAGCUCCUACCAAGACCGACAAGUUUGCCCAACUCUCUUCACGUUUCAAGAAGACUGGAUAA